AUGGGUAAUGCUAGUGAUUCACCAAGAAAACAAAAACAAAAAAUACCACCAGAUGUUGAUAAUCCACCUUUUUAUUUACCUUUGAAACCAUUUAAUGGAAGGUAUAGAGUCGUCAGCAAUCUUGGGAAUGGUAGUUUUGGUAGUGUUGGAUUGGCUAAAUCAUCUCAGGAUUUACUAGAUAGUUCAAAAUUCAGAAUCUAUCGCAAUACAUUAUUAGAUAGAAAUGAAUUUUACAAGCAUGAGAAUUACUUCAACAAGAAGACAGGAUUAGUUGCCAUCAAAACAAUGACAAAGAAAUUGAAUGCAUUGAAUGAUUACUCAAAAGUUAAGGAAAUAAGAUUUAUAUUGGCCAUUCCCUAUCACCCAAAUCUUGUUCAAGUUUUUGAGUUAUUCAUUGAUAAUGUUAGUUUCAAACUACACAUUGUUAUGGAAUGCUUAGACCAAAAUCUUUAUCAAUUGAUGAAAGCUAGAAAAAACAGCUUUUUCUCGCAAACAACAUUGAAGUCUAUCUUAUCUCAAAUUUUGAAUGGUAUUCGUCAUAUUCACAGGAACCAAUAUUUCCACAGAGAUAUAAAGCCUGAAAAUAUAUUAGUUUCACCUUCCAAUAGAUUCUAUGAUCAAGAAUUUAUAAAUUCCAAAAACUUCAAAUAUCAUGAUUGUUUUAUUGUUAAAAUUGCAGAUUAUGGGCUUGCUCGCCAUGUGGAUAACAAAAGGCCAUAUACCUCUUAUGUAUCAACAAGAUGGUACAGAGCUCCAGAGAUUUUGUUGAGAAAAAAUUGGUAUUCCAGACCUGUUGAUAUUUGGGCAUUCGGAUCCGUCGCAGCUGAAAUUGCAACUUUUAGACCAUUAUUUCCAGGUUCAGAUGAAAUUGAGCAAACUUGGAAAGUGCUAGAUGUCCUAGGUACUCCAAUUUCCAACAAUAAUAUUGGAAAUUAUUUUCCCUGUUAUGGAUACUGGGAUGAGGCAGCUGUUUUGUGCUCUCAAUUAGGAUUGAAGUUACCUGUUAAAGAAUGCAUUGAUAUUACACAUUUAAUUCCAAAUCGUGAUUUGACACCACUUUGUGAUGUAAUUAAAGCAUGUUUAGCAUGGAAUCCAAAUACCAGAGCUGAUGUGGAGGCUAUCUGUGCAAUGCCUUACUUCAAAGGGACA